AUGCAGGAUUUCCUGAGGCUGCUGAAGGCACAUGCGGAUGCCAGCUCUCCCCCACCUGACUUGGUGACCAUGGCAGGCAAGCUGUGUCUGGACCUCGAGGACAACCCUGUUCAGGUGGUACAAUUGGUGGAAGCCAUUCUGGACAGCAAGCAUCGUUGGGCUCUUCUGAAAAACAUAGACGUGACCCUGGUGUGUGUCCAGGUCCUAAUCCAGCAGGAGCAGCACCUUUUAGCCCUCCAGAUUCUAGAGGUGUGUCAUGUGCCAGGAGGCAGCCAGGACCUGGUACAUCUCUGGAAUGACAUCCACUACCAGCUGACCAUGAGGAGACUGGGUGUCACGGAGCUGAGUGCAGCACAGAGGUUUCGCUGCAGGAAGAGGAAUCCACCACCCCUUACCUUCUGCCCAGAAGGUCCUAAGAACCGUAACUUUCUCCCAGAGGUUCGGAGCUGUCUGCAGGACUUUGCCACAGGUGUGAGUGCUUAUCCCAAGAAGGCCCAGUUGGAAAACCUGGCUUCAGAGACAGGCUUGACUACUGAGCAAGUGUACAGCUGGUUUGCCAAUUAUCGGCGGCGACAGAAGGUUCUUCUCCAGCAUGUGGCAAGAGCCCAGGAGGCCACAUCAGAAGAUUCCCAGGAAAAGGAUCAUGUUCCUGAGACAGUGCAGCUCUCAGGAAACCAUCUUGAGUCUCUCACUCUAUCUCAGUGCACAGUCUGCUUUCCAGAAGGAAAUGGGCCUCUACAGUCCCCAGAUACCACCCAGCAGUCUAAGGGACCCAAGUCCCUAGCGGAGAGUUUUUCUGGAAACCACAUGAUAUCACAGUCACUAGGAUUGAGGUCACUCUAUGAAUGUGAAAGGCACCCUGAGUGGCGAGGCCAUCAUCCUGCGAGCCUCACAUCCAUGGCCCCUGCCCGUGGGCCUGGUCUCUGCCCUCUGGCUGCUGGCAGUAGUAACAUGGAUUCCUCUGUGAAUGCCCCUGAGUCUUCAAUAGCACCCCUUACACUGCCAUCCUCCAAGGAAGUUUUCCACCCAGUGGAGCAAGCAGGCUGUAGACAAAAUCCGAACUCUGGGAUGGAUUCUGAAGUUGCUCCUUUGCCCAUGGCCGCUGCUGCCAUCAGUGAUCUCAGCCAUGCAGGAUGUACUGAGCAGCAGGGAAGUCAUCCUCAGAGCUUGUACCCAGAGGAGGAUCCUGGACCCAGAAGUGGGCAGGUAGCUUCCAGUGCACUCUCUAAAAAUCAUCACCGUAGUUCUCUGGAAGUGAUGCCAGCCUUACCUGCCAUGUCAGCACCUCUGUCCACGAUGGAGCUGAGCCAACCCUUGCCCUUCAGCCAGGUGCAAACGGCUGAUGACCAGCCCUCAUGGGAUACUUUCUGGGGAGCCACAAUGCUCCUUGAGUUUUCUGAGUGUGCCCUGGGUCGAACUGCCCGUGUGGAGAUGGAGCAGCACACAGAAUGA